AUGAAGCUCGACAGUUAUGAGUCCGACGGCCUUCGUACCCUUACCACUGGCAGCAAGUCCGAUGUGUACUGUGGAGAUGAACCAGAGGUCUUCGAAGAUGACUUCGACACGUCGCGUUCAACCAUGCUCCAUAGCACAAGCAGCAGUCGCCAAGACGAAAUCAAGGAGCAUUCAAUGAACAUUGAAAGAACAACAAAGCGUACCCUUCUGAUGGCAGCAUUGGUGACCUUGAUGGGUGGUAUUGCAUCAGCAAGUUUCAUUUUUGUGACCAUUACAAAUGAACGAAGGUCAAAAGAAGCCUUGUUUAUCAGACGUGCUGCCGACUUGGCAGAAAGCAUUGUCAUCAGCUGGCAUGAUUAUGAAACAGCGGCCCUUUGGAUUCACGAAUCUUGCCAUGAUUGGAGGACAAACGGUUACGACAGAUUCAACUUUAGGACUCUGUAUGAGUACUUGGAGAGUUCUGGACUAGACUUUUACUUGAUUGAAUGGGUUCCUAAUGUAACCCAUGCAGAACGCCCAGCAAUUGAAAAUUCUACUGCAGACUUCUUUCGAAAGUAUCCCCAAGGACACAACUACAAAGGCGGGUUUGUUGGAAUGGAACCAGUCGCUGGCAGCAACGCAGGUGAGCUGGCACUGGAUGUAAGAUCCAAUCAAUCCUUUUACUUCCCGGUUCAGUUCCUUGAACCCUGGCAAAACGCUGGUGAUUCCACACAUUUAGAUUUGUGGAGUCUCCCUUGGGAACAACCCAUCAUUCAAAAGGCAUUGCAGAAGGCGGUUCCGGUCCUCACAGCACCCUUCAUCUUGGCUGGAAAUCAUGACCAGAAUGCAGGGUACUCAGUAGUGCUUUAUCAUCCAGGAAAACCAGUUAUCAGCAGACAUGAUCCACAACCCACUGACCUUAGCAACGUCAUCAUUCAUAUCAAUGCACUUUUGACCAGGGCUGCCAUUGCACAAGGUGUUAGCAUGGGGGCGUAUCUCUUUGACUCUACAACCACCAACAUUGAUCCCGAGAUGCCUCCAAAUUUCAUGGGUGGAAUCAAGAUUGAGGUAGAAUCCUCUAUAGAUACGAGCACAGGUGAAACCCAGCAGCAAGAACAAGACAACCAAACCUUAUCCACAUUUCCUGAAAUCUCACUGACUGAUCUGGUAGUUCAGAAUGAUCCAAAAUUGAUCUACCAGGACAACUUUGUUGUGGGGCAACGGACAUGGACUACUGUUGUUGUACCCAUUGAUGAAACCUAUGAUCCAGAUAUUACGUUAGCCAUGGUCAGUGGUGCACUGAUCUUUGUUGGUGCUCUCUUGCUUUCCAUUUGGAUGAUUCACAACAUGCGAAGAUCCAUCAAGAUGCAUCGAAUCUUAUCUGAGGCUGCGGCUGAAGCUGCCAUAGUUUCCAACCUGUUCCCCGGAAAGGUCCGAGUACGAAUGAUUGAAGAUGCCAAGAAUCAAAAAAGUGCUUUGGGAGCACCAAGAAAGAAGGAAGAUAUCUUUUUGAGGGAUGGGGAUGGGCAACAUCGAUUGUCAGUAAAAAAGCUCAAUACCUACCUUUCUAGUGAGGGGAUCUUUGGAAGCAAGCCCAUUGCUGAACUGCAUCCCUACACAACAAUCAUGUUUGCUGAUCUUGUGGGCUUCACUGCAUGGUCCUCUGUCCGUGAACCAUACCAGGUGUUUACCCUCCUUGAGACACUGUAUUAUGCCUAUGACAAUAUUGCGGCACGCAGAAGGGUAUUCAAAGUGGAGACCAUUGGGGAUUGCUAUGUGGCAGUUUGUGGUCUUCCUGAUAGGAGGAAAAAUCAUGCUGUUAUCAUGGCAAGAUUUGCCACUGAUUGCAUGCAUCGAAUGCACAAACUAGUAAAGGCUCUAGAGGUGACAUUGGGCCCUGACACCUCUGACCUGGGUAUUCGAGUUGGGCUCCAUUCUGGUCAAGUAACGGCUGGAGUCCUAAGAGGAGACAAGGGUCGGUUCCAGCUGUUUGGGGACACAAUGAACACUGCCAGCCGAAUGGAAUCAACUGGAGUUAGAAACAAGAUCCAGGUCUCUCAGGAGACUGCUGACCUUCUCACAGCUGCAGGCAAGGGGGGUUGGCUAGUGCCUAGAAAGGACAUGAUCACUGCAAAAGGAAAAGGAACCUUGCAAACAUACUUCCUCAAGAUCCUGUCAAAGUCCCAGGGUUCUGCUGAAUUCAAUAUGCAGAAAGUACGAGGGUCUGAUCAUGGCAAUCUUAGGGUUCAGGAGGAAACCAAGAUGCAUCGCCUCGUUGACUGGAAUGUGGAGGUGCUAUGCCAACUUAUCAAGCGAAUUGUUGCACGCCGAGCAGCUGCUAUGGUGGAACAAAAACCCUACACUCCGGAUUUCCAUUCCUUUGACUCUGCAAAAAUGCCACUGGAUGAAGUUGCGCAAAUCAUCAAGCUCCCCGAUCUUGAUGGUACCGCGGUCAAAAGGCAGGUGGACUCUGAAUGCAUUGAGCUGGAUGGAGAUGUCAUGGCGCAAUUGAAAGACUUGGUAACAAAGAUUGCUACCAUGUACCACUCCAAUUUCUUUCACAACUUUGAGCAUGCAUCUCACGUUGGCAUGAGUGUUCAGAAGAUGCUCUCUCGGAUUAUCAAUCCAAAGGAGAUCUUUCUGAAAAGGCAUCAGGGGGAUGAUUCAAAAUUGGAUUCUGAGCUUCAUGACCAUACCUUUGGGAUCACUUCGGAUCCUCUCACUCAGUUCGCCUGUGCUUUCUCUGCCUUGAUACAUGAUUUGGAUCAUGGAGGUGUACCCAACACAGUCCUGAUGAAGGAAGGGAGCCCCCUUGCAGAGAAGUACAAUCAAAAGAGCCUUGCUGAACAGAACUCCAUUGAUUUGGCAUGGGGAUUGCUUGGAAAUCCAAGCUAUGAUAAGCUCCUCAAGACAAUCUGCUGUGAUGAGGACGAUUUCAAGAGGUUUCGGCAGUUGGUGGUCAAUUCUGUCUGUGCCACUGAUGUAAUGGACAGAGAAUUGGGAGCAACUCGCAAGGCACGCUGGGACAUGGCCUUCAGUGAAGAACCCAGGAAUGAGCCCAAGAACGAGACAGUCAACCGCAAGGCUACCAUUGUUAUUGAGCAUUUGAUCCAAGCUUCAGAUGUGUCCCACACAAUGCAGCAUUGGCACAUCUACACCAAAUGGGCUGGACGAUUGGAAAAAGACCCCAGUAUCAGCUGGUAUGAAGGGGAGCUGGGAUUCUUUGAUUUCUAUAUCAUUCCACUGGCGAAGAAGCUGUUCAAGUGUGGUGUCUUUGGAGUCAGCAGUGAUGAGUUUUUGAACUAUGCCGAGAUCAAUCGCAAAGAGUGGGAGAAGAAGGGGGCACAAAUGGUCCAGAAGUAUCUGCAGGACUAUGAAGCAGAUUGUGGGGUGACUCCUGAAGGAAGACUCUCCUAUGACACUAUGAGUGAAGAUGAAUCUGACGACGAUUCUAUGGGCCAGUUCAGUGUAUGA